AUGGGUAAAGGAAAGCCGAGAGGUCUCAACGCUGCCCGCAAGCUCCGCAACCAUCGCCGCGAGGGACGCUGGGCCGAUCUCCACUACAAGAAGCGCCUUCUCGGAACCGCCUACAAGUCCUCGCCGUUCGGUGGCUCCUCCCACGCCAAGGGCAUAGUCCUCGAGAAGGUCGGUGUUGAGGCCAAGCAGCCCAACUCCGCUAUCCGAAAGUGUGUCAGGGUUCAGUUGAUCAAGAACGGAAAGAAGGUCACUGCUUUCGUUCCCAAUGACGGUUGCUUGAACUUCGUCGACGAGAACGACGAAGUCCUCCUCGCCGGUUUCGGUCGUAAGGGCAAGGCUAAGGGUGAUAUUCCCGGUGUGCGUUUCAAGGUCGUCAAGGUUUCCGGUGUCGGUCUGUCCGCUCUGUGGAAGGAGAAGAAGGAGAAGCCCAGGUCAUAG